AUGAAGCGACUGUGCAAGUUUCUCCAGAGGUCCCGAGCCGCCGCUGCCACCCCCGCCGCCACAGCAGCCGCCUCCGCCGCCACCGAGACCUCAGGUCAUGUCUCUGGGGCACAGCAACGCAUCCACGGCGGUGGCAGCAGCUGCUUGACGGUGACCUUGGCGCUGGGGACGGGUGCUGCAUUGAAGGCCCCCGGAGACUGCAGGGCUCCAAUAUCCCAGGGAGAAGGGUCCCCAGCUGCUGAGCGGCUCCGAUACAUCCUGGGGGAGGAAGAUGGCGUUCCCACCCCAACCCUUUUCACUGAGAUGGACACCUUACAGCAUGAUGGUGAGGAGAUGGAGUGGAAAGAAUCAGCCAGGUGGGUAAAGUUUGAAGAGAAGGUUGAAGAAGGAGGGGAGAGAUGGAGCAAACCCCAUGUGUCAACACUGUCUCUGCAUAGCCUGUUUGAACUCCGAACCUGCCUCCAGACUGGCACCGUGCUCCUGGACUUAGAUGGCUGCUCCUUACCACAGAUCAUAGAUGAUGUUGUCGAGAAGCAGAUCGAAGAUGGUCUCCUCAAGCCAGAGCUGAGAGAAAGAGUCUGCUACGUCCUCUUGAGAAAACAUCGGCACCAGACCAAGAAGCCCAUCCAUCGCUCAUUGGCAGACAUUGGGAAAUCUGUUUCAUCCACCUCCAACCGAAGCCCCGCCCGGAACCCUGCAGCUGGCCCCAACUUACACCACUCUACGGAGGACCUGCGGACCAGGCUGAGUGCCAACUACGGAAGGCUGCGUCAUGCCCAGAGCCGGAGCAUGAACGACAUUUCAGACACCCCAAACCCAAAUCAGCCAAUGAGCAAUUCUUAUCACUGCACAUUAUUGACUGAUGGAAUGAAAAUCAACCAACCACCGCACUGUGUUCUAUUCCUGUUCAUCCUACUGGGCCCUUAUGGAAAAGCCAAGUCCUACAAUGAAAUCGGUCGGGCCAUUGCCACCCUCAUGGUCGAUGACCUCUUCAGUGACGUGGCCUACAAAGCCCGAAACCGAGAUGACCUGAUUGCUGGCAUCGAUGAGUUCCUCGAUGAGGUGAUCGUCCUCCCUCCUGGAGAAUGGGACCCCAAUAUCAGGAUCGAGCCCCCAAAGAAAGUGCCCUCCGCAGACAAGAGGAAGUCCGUGUUCUCUCUGAAUGAGCUGGGCCAGAUGAAUGGUUCCGUGGGAGGUGGAGCUGGGGCUGGAGCCGGAGGAGGCGGUGGUGGAGGCAGGGGCAGGGCAGGCAGCGGCGGCGAGGAUGGAGAGAUGCCUGCUGUGCACGAAAUCGGAGAAGAGCUCGUCUGGACUGGAAGGUUUUUCGGGGGGCUGCGCCUGGAUAUUAAGAGGAAGCUGCCCUGGUUCGCGAGCGACUUCUACGAAGGCUUCCACAUCCAGUCCAUCUCCGCCAUCCUCUUCAUCUACCUCGGCUGCAUCACCAACGCCAUCACCUUCGGGGGCCUCCUGGGGGACGCCACGGACAACUACCAGGGGGUGAUGGAGAGCUUCCUGGGCACCGCCAUGGCCGGCUCCCUGUUCUGUUUCUUCGCCGGACAACCCCUCAUCAUCCUCAGCAGCACCGGGCCCAUCCUCAUCUUCGAGAAACUCCUGUUCGACUUCAGCAAGGGGAACGGGCUGGACUACAUGGAGUUCCGGCUGUGGAUCGGCCUGCACUCGGCGCUGCAGUGCCUGGUGCUGGUGGCCACCGACGCCAGCUUCAUCAUCAAGUACAUCACGCGCUUCACCGAGGAAGGCUUCUCCACCCUCAUCAGCUUCAUCUUCAUCUACGACGCCCUCAAGAAGAUGCUCAGCGCCUUCAAAUACUACCCCGUCCACACGGCCUUCCAGCCCGACCUGGUCACCACCUACAAGUGCGAGUGUGUCGCCCCUGAGCCAGCCAACACAACAACGUUCAAUGCUUCAGCUCUACUGGCACCAAACAACACUAAUAUCUCUCUGGACAACCCCCUUAACUUGACAGCUCUGGACUGGUCCCAGCUGAGCAAGAAGGAGUGCCUGAAAUAUGGAGGGAGCCUGCUGGGGAACUCCUGUCCGUUUGUCCCGGACUUGGCACUCAUGUCCUUCAUCCUCUUUUUCGGGACGUACUCCAUGACCCUGACCCUGAAGAAAUUCAAGUUCAGCCGCUAUUUCCCUACCAAGCUUCGGAAGCUCAUCAGCGACUUCUCCAUCUUCGUGUCCAUUCUGGCCUUCGUGGCUCUCGACAGUUUCUUCGGACUCAACACACCAAAGCUCCAAGUGCCCACCGUGUUCAAGCCCACCCGGGCAGACCGAGGCUGGUUUGUGUUCCCCUUCGGGAAGAACCCCUGGUGGAUCUACCCCGCGAGCGCUCUGCCAGCCCUUCUGGUGACCAUCCUCAUCUUCAUGGACCAGCAGAUCACUGCAGUCAUCGUGAACCGCAAGGAGAACAAGCUGAGGAAGGCUGCAGGCUACCACCUGGACCUGUUCUGGGUGGGCAUCCUCAUGGCCGUGUGCUCCUUCAUGGGCCUGCCCUGGUAUGUGGCCGCCACCGUCAUUUCCAUCGCCCACAUCGACAGCCUCAAGAUGGAGACAGAGACCAGCGCCCCCGGGGAGCAGCCGCAGUUCCUGGGGGUGAGGUAGGAGAAGGGGAGCCCCAUGAAGAGGGAGAGAUGGAGCAGGCCUCCAAAGGGCACCGGGCACCAUGCCAUCCAGAUGCCACCGGGCUGCCAAGGGGAGCAUUCAGUUCCCUCAGAGGCUCUAAGCAUGAUGUUCUAA